GUGUGUGUGUGUGUGUGGUGGUGGUGGUGUUGGGGAUAUUAUUUUUUUUCGAUGGGAAAACGAUCUCUUCUGCAAUCGUAGAUGUGAGUCGCAACGCUCAAAAGUUUUAUCGUUUGAUUGUGCGUUGCGCUGCGUUGGGUUUUUCUUGGGGAUGAAAUCCUGAGCCCCGAAGUCGCGCAGAAAUCGCUUCAGCUCUUCCUUUUCCCUUUUCUUUUCCUUCCCGAGUUUUCACUGAAGCGAAUCGAGAGGGGAAGAUCACAAGACGUGAAAGAAGGAACAGGAUGAGAAGCAGCGGAGUCGGGGAUUUGCUGUGAGUGUGUGUGUGAGGGUGUGUUUGUUCGUGAGGAAGUUUUUUUGGGGGGGUCAAGACGAAACAGAACUAUUCCAGUGAAACCCCAAAACAGGCAAAAACAAACAGCUAACAAGCAAGCGAGAAAGGCAAAGCCAAGGCGACUUGUCAAGGCGAGAUCAUUAUUUCUUGGUCAAAUAAAACGACAGCAAAUAACAACAAGCUGGGCAAAGUGAUAAAUAAUAAUAAAUAAUAAUAAAGGCAAAUACAACAUCAAAGAGAGAGAGAAAAGCAGGAUCGGAGUCUGUCUGGGGAGAAAUCAGCUUUUGCAACAAACCCCCUCCACCCCCCCUCCCCACACACACACACACACACAAAGACCAAAAGAUGUCUUCAAGUCUGACUUGCGUUGGGAUGCUGUGGGCGAUGCUCUCUCUGCUCUGUGCCGCCGCCUCCUGCACCGGCUUCUUCAUGCCUUACUGGCUGCUGGGCUCCCAGCUGGACAAGCCCGUCAGCUUCGGCAUCUUCCGAAGGUGCACCUACCCGGUGCGGGAGGAGAGCCGCCUGCAGUCGGUGGUGAUGGUGGAGCAGUGCGGCAGAUAUGCCUCCUUCCUGGGCAUCCCCAGCCUGGCUUGGAAGAUCUGCUCGGUGGUGACCGGCGUGGGAUGUGGUCUGCUCCUCCUGGUGGCACUCACCGCACUCAUGGCUUGUUGUGUCUCAGAGCUCAUCUCCCGCACGGUGGGCAGAGUGGCAGGAGGCAUCCAGUUUGUGGGAGGGAUCCUGAUAGGCUCUGGCUGCGCUCUGUAUCCCCUGGGCUGGAACAGUGAGGAAGUGCGACAGACCUGCAACAAUCUCUCAGACCAAUUUGAGCUUGGUACAUGUCAGCUGGGAUGGGCCUAUUACUGUACAGGAGGAGGUGCUGCUGCAGCCAUGCUAAUCUGCACUUGGCUGGCUUGCUUUGCUGGCAAGAAACAGAAACAAUAUCCGUACUGAAGCCCAAAUAAGGACAAAAGACAGUUCUGGGGAAGAGAGCUCGGAAAGGGAUAAGUUACAGGCAAAGCGUUUUCUGGAACUUUUCCUGCUGUUUCCUAGCCGAAGAGCACCUCACGUCAUCAGAAAACUGGGUUAUGGAGAAUGAGAACAAAUCUAGAAGAAAAUAAAAAGAGAGGUGUUGUGUGGUCUGGCAUUAUAGUUUGCUCUGUAAGUGAUGUUUAGUGUUAAGACCGUUCAGGACUGUUCAGUAAAGUUUUCAAAGGACCAAGUUACCAGAAGAUGCUUUUUUAUAUACAUGUAUGUACAUAUAUAUAUAUUAUAUAUACAAACACACAAACACACACAGAUACACACAGUUUUCCAUUUUGAAAAAAANCUGUGAUAUGUUCAAAUCUUAGUGACAAUGUCAAAUGUCCUUUCUAGCAGUAUUUUAUAUUAUGCAUCUUUUUAAAACAAAAAUCAGGGUAGAUUGUAUUAAACGCGUUUUUAUGUGAGUCAAUAGGAGAAAUUCCACCUGGGCCUAUAUUUAUUUUAUGCAACAACAACA